GAGUCCCCCCCCCACACAUUAAAGAGGAACAGGAGAAAUGGUGGAGCAGUCAGGAUGGAAAGCAGCUUCCCGUGGCUGGAGGAGGCUGAUAUCACCAAGUACAUAUUCACUCCUGUUCCUGUGAAGAGUGAAGAGGAAGAUGUGCAGAAGCUGUUGGUGGUUAAAGAAGAGGUUCCCCCUGAGCAGCAGGAGUGUAGCUCCAGGGUGGACCAGGAGGAGCCAGAGGCCCCCCCACACAUUAAAGAGGAACAGGAGGAACUGUGGAGCAGUCAGGAGGGAGAGCAGCUUCUAGGGCUGGAGGAGGCUGAUAUCACCAAGUUCCCAUUCACUCCUGUCCCUGUGAAGAGUGAAGAUGAUGAAGAGGAAGAUGUUGAGCAGCUGUUGGUGGUUAAAGAAGAGGUUCCCCCUAAGCAGCAGGAGCUUAGCUUCAUUGUGGACCAGCGGGAGCCGGAGUCCCCCCCACACAUUAAAGAGAAACAGGAGGAACCGUGGAGCAGUCAGGAGGGAGAGCAGCUUCACGGGCUGGAGGAGGCUGAUAUCACCAAGUUCUCAUUCCCUCCUGUCCCUGUGAAGAGUGAAGAUGAUGAAGAGGAAGAUGGUAAUCAGCUGUCGGUGGUUAAAGAAGAGGUUCCCCCUGAGCAGCAGGAGUGUAGCUCCAGUGUGGACCAGGAGGAGCCAGAAGCCCCCCCACACAUUAAAGAGGAACAGGAGGAACUGUGGAGCAGUCAGGAGGGAGAGCAGCUUCAAGGGCUGGAGGAGGCUGACAUCACCAAGUUCCCAUUCACUCCUGUCCCUGUGAAGAGUGAAGAUGAUGAAGAGGAAGCUCAGUCCUCACAGCUUCCUCAGAGACAAACUCAAUACAUGAAAACAGAAGCUGAUGGAGAGGACUGUGGAGGACCAGAACCAGCCAGGAACUCACAUCCACUUUUACAACCAGAGACGGAAGACCAGACUAGAGACUCUGCUAAACCUGAGACUGAUGACAGUGCUGAUUGGAAGGAGACCAGAGAACCUCAGUCAGCUUUAAACUCUCUGAAACAUGAUUCAAGAUAUGUGCAACAGCUGUUGGUGGUUAAAGAAGAGGUUCCCCCUGAGCAGCAGGAGUGUAGCGCCAGUGUGGACCAGAAGGAGCCAAAGCCCCCCCCACACAUUAAAGAGGAACAGGAGGAACUGUGGAGCAGUCAGGAGGGAGAGCAGCUUCAAGGGCUGGAGGAGGCUGAUAACACCAAGUUCUCAUUCACUCCUGUCCCUGUGAAGAGUGAAGAUGAUGAAGAGGAAGCUCAGUCCUCACAGCUUCAUCAGAGAAAAACUCAACACAUGGAAACCGAAGCUGAUGUAGAAGACUGUGGAGGACCAGAACCAGCCAGGAACUCACUUUUACGACCAGAGACUGGAGUCAGAUAUUUACGGUCACAUAUGGUAGUCCACAAAGAGAAAAGAUUCAGCUGCAGUGUUUGUAACAAAAGAUUUGCCCGGAGUUCUCUUGUCAAAACCCAUAGAUGUGUUGGUCCGAUGGAAACAGAAGCUGAUGGAGAGGACUGGGGAGGACCAGAUCCAGCCAGGAACACACAUCCACUUUUACAACCAGAGACAGAAGACCAGCCUGGAGACUCUAAUGAACCUGAGACUGAUGACAGUGCUGAUUGGAAGGAGACCAGAGAACCUCAGUCAGCUUUAAACUCUCUGAAACAUGAUUCAAGAUAUGUGCAGCAGAUGUUGGUGGUUAAAGAAGAGGUUCCCCCUGAGCAGCAGGAGUGUAGCUCCAGUGUGGACCAGCAGGAGCCUGAGACCCCCCCACACGUUAAAGAGGAACAGGAGGAACUGUGGUUCAGUCAGGAGGAAGAGCAGCUUCAAGGACUGGAGGAGGCUGAUAUCACCAAGUUCCCAUUCACUCCUGUCCCUGUGAAGAGUGAAGAUGAUGAAGAGGAAGCUCAGUCCUUACAGCUUCAUCAGAGAAAAACUCAACACAUGGAAACAGAACCAGCCAGGAACUCACAUCCACUUUUACAGCCAAAGACUGAACCUGAGACUUAUGUCAGUGCUGAUUGGAAGGAGACCAGAGAACCUCAGUCAGCUUUGAACUCUCUGAAACAUGAUUCAAGAUAUGUUCAGCAGCUGUUGGUGGUUAAAGAAGAGGUUCCCCCUGAGCAGCAGGAGUGUAGCUCCAGUGUGGACCAGGAGGAGCCAGAAGCCCCCCCACACAUUAAAGAGGAACAGGAGGAACUUUGGAGCAGUCAGGAGGGAGAGCACCUUAAAGGACUGGAGGAGGCUGAAAUCACCAAGUUCCCAUUUACUGCUGUCCCUGUGAAGAGUGAAGCUAAAGAAAAGGAAGCUCAGUCCUCACAGCUUCAUCAGAGACGAAAUCAACACAUGAAAACAGAAGCUGAUGGAGAGGACUGUGGAGGACGAGAACUAGCCCGGAACUCACAUCCACUUUUACAACCAGAGACUGGAGACUCUUCUGAAACUGAGACUGGUGACAUGAAAUAAUGUUUGUGCCUUUAAGUCCAAGCAAAACUUCUCAAGUUUCUAACAAAAAGCUUUAUGUGUCAACAUUUAAAUAGAAGACAUAAUAUUGCGUGGUAGG